AGCUUGCAAACGAGUUGGAGAAGUAGAUGAUCUCUCUCUUGGAUAAGAUUGUUGUCAAAAAAAGAUGACGUGAAACACAACACUUUCAAAUGUCUUUUAGAGGCUUUAUAAGGCAAAGAUGCAUACAUAGUCGGUAUGCCCAACCCAGGAAUCUGCUGGAUAGCUCAUUAAAACCCUUCAUUAUUCAAAGGAGCACAAGAUUUUCUAGAGAAGCCCAAAUUGGGUGUGCAAAAGAUUUUAUUCAGGUCUCCUUCUUGAAAGUGUUCGAAAGCUACCCCUUCUACGUACUGAUCAGACUAAGAUAUAUAAGCAUAUGAUGUGGGCCAAAUUUAGAGCUUCAAAGAACAGAAAAGAUGGGAAGGAAUUCAGCGAUGCCUGUAAAAGCUUGAAUGUCAACGAAGAGUACCUUAGCGCUUUGCGAACCCAAUCCUUUGCUGAUUUUUUCACCAAGGCUCAAUCACUUGUAAACGGGCCAUCUUUUCCAACUCACUGCCAUCGCAAAUUUUCUGAAAUUCUCCUGGAACCAGGUCAAGAAUCUAUACCUGUAAUUCUCGAAUCAGCUCUUCUUUCAAAAGUACCUGAACUCAAAGGGCUUAUGCUCAAUUACUUUGACGUCAGUGCUGAGGCUUCAAAUAUAUGCAGCCAACUGCUAAAAAACAUAAACCAAAUCCAAUCUAGUUACGUGUUCAUUCAAAGAGUGCUAAAUAGUAUCGACGAUUGCUCGCCUGAGAAAGUGAAAUUGAUUGUCUCGGAGCUGAACUCAUUCAUUAUCCAAAGCAAUCCGUUUUCAACCCCUAACAAGCAUGACUUCAAGUUAAUUAACGACAGGUACUUAUUGGUUUUAAACCGCCUAAAAUCCAAAAGAAACAAGGUGGCUAGGAAGAUGAAGCUCAUUGCAUGUAUCCAUAAGGCUACAGGAAUUUGCAUAGCUGCAGCUUGUAGCUUAAUUGCAAUCACGACUAUUGUUCUAGCAGCACAUACUCUUACUGCACUGGUUAUGGGCCCAGCCAUUUUCAGCCUCCCAAUAAAGCACUUCAAGAAACAGCUCACGAGUUUCAAGUUUCUGAGAAGUGGAUUCCUGAGGAAAGUUGGGCAGCAACUUGAUGUGGCAGCCAAGGGAACUUACUUAUUGAAUAGGGAUUUUGACACAAUAAGCAGCCUUGUAUCUAGGCUUCACGAUGAAGUUGAGCACGACAAGGCAAUGAUACAGUUCUGUUUGGAGAGAAUAGAGGAUAAGUAUUCUUUACAAGCGAUAAAGGAGCUGAAGAAGAGUGAUAUUGGGUUUAGGAAGCUGUUAGAGGAGCUUGAAGAGCAUUUGUAUCUCUGCCUGCUAACGAUUAAUCGAGCAAGAGCAUUAGUGAUCGAGGAAAUCACAGCAUCUAGCAUUGAACAUUUGAAGUAGAAGCUACAACAAUACUUAAUUUGUACAGGGUCACACGAUUUUUUUUACAUCAGUACUGAUAUAUGAUGUUCUUCCUAAUAUGUGUGAAGACGUCUAUGGUUGUAUAUACUAUACAGUUGAUUUUCUGGAGAGAGAUUCGACCAUUUUUUCUGUAAAUUGAGGCUGUUAUUGACUGAACGAAUACUAAGCUACCAAGUUA